AUCGCCGGAGCUUUCAACUGGAAAGCUUCCGUCUCCGGCCGCCAAAGCUACUACGCGAUCCAACUCUCACAAAGCUCUUCGCUUAAAGCUCGGUAAUUACAGUAGAGUGCACCCCGUUGUUCUUCCCAAUAAGACCUCGAGAAUUUCUCAUUCAUUUCAACCCGAUUAACGGUCUAAUUUGCCCACUAACAGAGUCCUGCUUGAAACCCCACAGAUGCGUAAUCCAGAUACCAUGUGAUCAUAUGGCUUCAACGGCUGCCCUAAAAUGCAGGGUGCAUGAUGUACCCCAUGCCACAAAACCAGCGGGGAAAUCAGCAGGUGCAGCAAGCGCCACCUCAGGUGCAACCGUUGCAAAUCUUGCAAGUUAGCCAACCGCCAUUAAAACAUCCUCAACCACCAAUUAGAAUUCAACAAAUUCAACAACAAGAAAAAAUACAAGUUCAUCAUCAACAACAACAAAACAAAAAGUUGAAACAAAGAGAGGUUAAAGAAGAAUUACAAGAAACCAAGGAAGAACAAGACUGUAAGGAAAAAGAAGAGGGGGAAGAUCAAGAGAACCAAAAGGCUAAGAAUAGGACUUUGUUUAAGAGGUUCUAUAAUUACGUCAGGGAAGCUUGGACUGGCGUAAAGUCAGCAUUAGAUUCAGAAUUAGAAGAUCUGGAAACUCCGCCUAGAUAUAGACCAGAUAGUUUAGAAGCUUUGUGUAGGGCCACGAGAUUUACCCAAGCUGAAAUAAAGAGGAUAUACAGGGGGUUCAAGGCGGAGUGUCCCACGGGAGUCGUCAAGGAAGAAACAUUCAAGAUGAUUUACGCUCAGUUCUUUCCACAAGGUGCCAAUACCAGCCAAUACGCCCACUAUGUCUUCAAUACUUUAGAUCAGGAUCACAGCGGCUUAAUAAGUUUUGAGGAUUUCGUUCAAAACCUUUCAGUUUUAUCGAGAGGGAGUUUAGACGAAAAAUUAAGGUGGACAUUUAAUCUCUACGACAUCAAUGGAGAUGGAUACAUUACAAGAGAAGAAAUGACCGAUAUUGUAUCUGCCGUUUAUGAUCUUAUGGGAAAAUUAGCUGAGCCGUGUAUCGAUGAUGAUACUGUAAAAGAAAAAGUAGAAAGGAUAUUUCAGAAAAUGGAUAAAAACCAAGAUGGUGUUGUGUCAUUUGAGGAAUUCUUGGACUGUUGCCAAAAGGACCAGGACAUAUCCACCUCGAUGACAGUGUUCGAUUCGUCAAUUUGACGUUCAACCGUCGAUGUUCGAGUGCCCCCUAUCCCAUGGACUUGACCGAACGUCGACAGACUGGCUAAAAUACGUGAAAGAGCCUCUACAAUAUAACGUUAUAUAACAAAAAUGAAACUAAAAAAAUAUUAUAACAAAAAUCGACCAAGAACUAACUAAAAAUAAAUAAAAUACGAGAGCAGCCCUUUUAAACGAGUGCUGCCACCCCCGUUAAACAAAAGUGAUAAGAAUCGACACAUUUUAAUUUGUUUUAUUUUGAUUUGUUAAAAUAAAAAAAUGUUUUAUUUGAUUUUAAGGGAGAAAAUGCGAUGAUAAUAAGGGAAAUGAUAAAAAGAGGAAGUUCGGAAUCAGAAAACAGUUUUUUAUAUAAUCUGUAGAUAGAAAGAGAUAUUUAUGAAAUAGAUAUUUAUAUUUUAAAUAUAUAGAGGUUAUU